GGGGGAGGCAGUGGCAGCGGUUGCGUGGUCGACAUUGAUGGAUACGCCGCUUGCGGCCUCGCUCCCUGGCGGUGGCGGCCGCCGCCGAGGAGGCGGACAGCAGGCGGGUGCGGGUGCGGGUGCGGGUGGCGUUGCCGCCGAUCGGGCCGCUAGCCGCCGCCCUGGCCUUGAGGCGGCGCUGGCGGGGGUGCAGCGCAACCACGGCACGCGGGGCCUUCCGCUGCAUGCCUGGCCCGGGAGCCGGUGGGCGCCACCGCCUGCCUCUCGGCAGCAGAGGCGGUGGCGGCAAAGGCGGCAGAGGCUUACGACGGCAGCCGUUGCCCGCGCGGGGGUGGAAACGGAGGCGGGGGCGAUGGUCGUGGCGUGCAGCUGCCACUGGUCCUCUUGGGGGCCUGGAGGGGCGCGGGGCGGAGUGGGCUGGACGCGGCUACUGGCGCGGCAGUGGAGCUGUAUGGCGGUACGGCGGCGACGGCGACCUGUGCACCGCCUCUGCGUGCGUAUGUGUGUCGGGGCUACUGUGGCUGCGGCACGGCUUGGCGACAGCUCCCGUCUGCGGCGCCCACGCCGCGCCGUCAGCAGUCGGUUGAGUCGGCAACUGGCUCGGAGCAUUCGGAGGCAUUGGCCCAGCGGCGCAGCGGCUGCUGCGUCGGCAACUGCGCGGAGGCGCUGAGCUUGCCGUGCGCAUUGUGCAGUGCCGUCCAGCUGGCCCACAGACCGCAGCACGUGUUCGGCUUGGUGGCGGUGGCGGGAUAUGGUGCGGGCGUAGGAGGAGGCGGCCCGAGGGCCUGGCACAAUAGCUAUGGCGGCGCGUGUCCGCGCCCUCCAACGACUCGCCCCUGCACGCCGACAGAGUCAUUGUGGUGUCGCUGGGUGGGUGGGGCGGGGGGGUAGUUUUUCCCAGAAACCAAAAGCAUCGGGGGGAAUGUGGGGGUGUGUGUGGGGCGGAUGAGGGGGAGGAGAGGGAAAGGGGGAGGGAGGGGGAGGGAGCGUGAGUACAGUUGCGUACUUGUCAGAGACGAGGGCCGGAAGGCACUAUGUCCCAGCCUUGGGGGGGAACACCUAAGCUACCGUAACAU